AUGUCGUCACCUUUGACCAAUAGCGAUGAUGUUAGCAAGAGUGAGGAUUCAAAUUUUAUUAACAUGGUCUACAAUUAUGACUGGUCUUCAACUCCUCUUGGUCCUAUGGACAAUUGGGAUCCUGCUCUCAAAAAUGCUAUGAAUUUAUGUCUCAAAACUGAGUUUCCUAUGUGUAUAUUUUUCAAUCCUUCAAAUUGGAGAACAUUAUAUAAUAGAG